GCUCUCUGCGCGGCUCUCAACAUCGUCUUGUCCCCAAGCCCCACGCUCAGGCUGGGCCAUGCCUGCUUGAUCUCUUUGGGGCAGCCCAAUGCAUCCAGUCUCCCGCUGACCGUCCUCCAGUCCUGUAAACCUGGGGCCCAGCUUCCCAGCUCUCUUCGGACUCGCCAUGUGUCACAGUGAGCACUGCUACAAGGGUUAUGUCAUCGAGGGCGAGCCCAAUGGUCAGAUUGUCGAUGGCGCGUACUUUGCACCGGCACCCGAACCCCAGGACGGUUCAGAAACCAUUCCUUCGUGCGCUGUCGUCUUGCUCACUGACAUCUUCGGCCUCGCGCUCAAGAACCCAAGGAUAAUCGCCGAUGAGCUCGCACAGCGCAUAGGCUGUGACGUCUGGGUCCCCGACCUCUUCCAAGGAAGACCUCCGUUUACUGCAGAAGAGCUGGAGCCCCUUCUGCCCGACACCGGCAACCCCAACGACCAGAUGACCUUCAUGCGCAAGAUGUGGAUGCUCAUGCUCGGCCUGUCUCGCGCUUUCCGGCUGUACGCCAUCCGUCCGGCCGUUGUCGACCCGCGCGCCGCUGCGUUUAUUCGCAGACUUCGUGACGAAAGAAAGUAUGACAAGAUCGGCGCGGUCGGGUAUUGCUUCGGCGGCGCGCUGUGCAUACGGCUCGGCGCCGCUGGCGCCGUCGACUCGCUCGUCGUCUGCCACCCGACGAUCAAUAAUGCGGAUCAGAUUAGAGAGGUUCGCGUUCCCACGGCGUUUGCUUGUGCUGAAGCGGACUCCUCGUUUACGCCGGCCAUCCGCAAAGAAGCAGAGAAGUACUUUGAGUCACAAAAGGGAACGGAAGGAGCCGUGGAAUUCGAGUUCAAGGACUAUCCUGGCACAGUCCAUGGUUUUGCAACGCGUCCGAAUCCGAAGGUGCCCGAAGUCGUCGAAGCGUACAAGGUGGCGCUUGACCAGACCGCAGGUUGGUUCAGGAAGACGCUGUGUUCUUGAUAUCUGCGAUAUCCCUCUGUUUCGUGCAUCGGAUGUGCCAGUGGUUUAACGAUAUAUAUAUGAUGCUGCAUCUUUUCAGGGUGAAGGAAGC